AUGGCGAACUUCACUCCGGUCAACGGCAGCGCCGGGAACCAGUCGGUGCGCCUGGCCUCAUCGGCCCACAACCGCUAUGAGACCGUGGAGGUGGUGUUCAUCGCCACGGUGACAGGCUCUCUGAGCCUCGUGACGGUCGUGGGGAACGUCCUGGUGAUGCUGUCCAUCAAGGUCAACAGGCAGCUGCAGACGGUCAACAACUACUUCCUCUUCAGCCUGGCGUGUGCCGACCUCAUCAUAGGCGCCUUCUCCAUGAACCUCUACACUGUGUACAUCAUCAAGGGCUACUGGCCACUGGGCGCCGUGGUCUGCGACCUGUGGCUGGCGCUGGACUACGUGGUGAGCAACGCCUCCGUGAUGAACCUGCUCAUCAUCAGCUUCGACCGCUACUUCUGCGUCACCAAGCCGCUGAGCUACCCGGCGCGGCGCACCACCAAGAUGGCAGGCCUGAUGAUCGCCGCCGCCUGGGUGCUGUCCUUCGUGCUCUGGGCGCCCGCCAUCCUGUUCUGGCAGUUCGUGGUGGGCAAGCGGACGGUGCCGGACAACCAGUGCUUCAUCCAGUUCCUGUCCAACCCGGCGGUGACCUUCGGCACAGCCAUCGCCGCCUUCUACCUGCCCGUGGUCAUCAUGACGGUGCUCUACGUGCACAUCUCCCUGGCCAGCCGCAGCCGGGUGCACAAGCGCCGGCCCGAGGGUGCGCAGGAGAAGAAGGCCAAGACCCUGGCCUUCCUCCGCAGCCCGCUGGUGAAGCAGAGCCUCAAGAAAGCGCCCCCCGGGGAGGCCGCUCGCGGGCAGCUGCGCAACGGGAAGCUGGAGGAGGCCCCUCCUCCGCCGCUGCCGCCCCCGCCCCGCCCCGGGGCCGACAAGGACACCUCCAACGAGUCCAGCUCGGGCAGCGCCACCCAGAACACCAAGGAACGACCACCCACAGAGCUGUCGACCACGGAGGCCACCACGCCUGCCACGCCGGCGCCUCCCCUGCAGCCGCGGGCCCUCAACCCAGCCUCCAAGUGGUCCAAGAUCCAGAUUGUGACGAAGCAGGCAGGCAGAGAGUGUGUGACAGCCAUCGAGAUUGUGCCUGCCACGCCAGCGGGCAUGCGUCCGGCCGCCAACGUGGCCCGCAAGUUUGCUAGCAUCGCCCGCAACCAGGUGCGCAAGAAGCGGCAGAUGGCGGCCCGGGAGCGCAAGGUGACGCGGACCAUCUUCGCCAUUCUGCUGGCCUUCAUCCUCACCUGGACGCCCUACAACGUCAUGGUCCUGGUGAACACCUUCUGCCAGAGCUGCAUCCCUGACACCGUGUGGUCCAUUGGCUACUGGCUCUGCUACGUCAACAGCACCAUCAACCCGGCCUGCUAUGCCCUCUGCAACGCCACUUUUAAGAAGACGUUCAGGCACCUGUUGCUGUGCCAGUAUCGGAACAUCGGCACUGCCAGGUAGGCAGGCCCGAGCGGCACCGCAAGCACUGGUGUGCGCGCUGGGGACCGCGGGGCUCGGCUGCUGCCAGGGAGAGGUUUGGAGGCACUGCUCCGUGUUCAUGGUCGCCGAGGAGACCUGAGGUCCCUGAGACCCCGCGAGGCUCAGGAAGAGGCGCCGGCUGGAUUCAGAGACCAGGUCUCCGCUCAGGCCGAGGAGGGUCAGCCCCGGGAGGGACUGAACCGGACAGUCUGACCCAUCUCUGCUGUCCUGCCUCAGGGAACCGGGGGGCCCUGGCCUACGUGGGCACCCGCCCACUGUGACUAGCCAUGGCGGCCGGAAGGACGGACGCCUGGAAGGGAGCAGAGCCCAGCAGCCCUUUGGGAGGAGCGAAGGGGCCGAUGCUCGGG